GAAACUCACAUCAAACUUGCAGUCCCAGGAUUUUCUAAACGUUUAAGCCAUUGAUCUGACCAAUUUAGCCUGGGUGCGUUCACGGUCAUUCUUAAAAGGUCAUUGGCUAAAUUGGUCAGAUUGUGCACUGAAUCUGCACAGAACGAUCUCCGUGAACGUACCCCUUAUUUAUUAUCAUUAGUAGACGCCUUCGAGUGGAAACUAGUGGACUUACGCGUCUGACUUGAGUGGAAACGAUUAGAGAACCCCACCCACCUUUGCAUUUAUAUUUAGACGUGCUUCCUGGAUCUGUGCUGACAAAUAGAGCAGUUUGUAUACGCUCUAAGCAAUGAGUUAUCCAGGCUACCCUCCGCAGGCAGGUGGCUACCCUCCGCAGGCAGGUGGCUACCCUCCGCAGGCAGGUGGCUACCCUCCGCAGGCAGGCGGCUACCCUCCGCAGGCAGGCGGCUACCCUCCGCAGGCAGGCGGCUACCCUCCGCAGGCUGGAGGAUACCCUCCGCAGGCUGGCGGCUACCCACCUGCAGCAGGCGGCUACCCUCCCCAGUCUGGUGGAUACCCUCCCCAGUCUGGAGGAUACCCUCCCCAAGGUGGCGGAUGCCCUCCUCAAUCAGGUGGAUUUCCACCAAUGCCAGGUGGUAAUUCCCCAUGGGGUGGUGCCGCUGUUGGACUGGAUAACUUAUCAAAUCCUGGAUUCAAUGCAUCAAACCUCUCGGCAAUGACUAAUCAAAUCACGUCAUCUUUUGGAGGAAUGAAUCCCAGUCCAGGAAUGUUCAGUCAAGCACCUACUGGAUACCCCGCUGCCCAGCCAGGGGGCUACGGGGCACCGCCUCCCAAUCAGCAGCCCUAUGGUACGUAUCCACAACCAGGAGGGAACAUGCCCCAGGGAAUGGGAUUUCCAGGAGGUGCCGCCCCGGGGCAACCCAUGCCAGGCUACCCAGGAGCCCCUCCAGCCAAUCCAUCCAUGCCUUCUUACCCAGGAAGCACCCCGGCUGGCUCAGCUCCAGCACCUGCACCCUUAAAGCCAGUGAACCGAGGCAGUAUUCGGGACUUUCCAGGUGCUGACCCCCUGAAGGAUGUAGAGGUGCUUCGAAAAGCCAUGAAGGGAUUUGGCACUGAUGAGCAAGCCAUCAUUGAACUUCUUGGAAAUCGCUCAAACAAGCAACGGGUACCUCUGGUCAUAACCUACAAAACAGCUUAUGGGAAGGAUUUAAUAAAAGAUCUGAAAUCAGAACUUUCAGGGAACUUUGAGAAGACUGUCCUGGCCAUGUUGAAGACCCCGAUUAUGUUGGAUGUUUAUGAGCUCAAGGACGCUAUAAAGGGUGCCGGUACAGAUGAAGAAUGCUUGAUUGAGAUCCUGUCGUCUCGCUCAAAUGCAGAAAUCCAAGAAAUCAAUAGGGCCUACAAAACAGAAUUUAAAAAAUCUCUGGAGGAAGCCAUUAAAAGUGACACAUCAGGACACUUUGAGAGACUGCUCGUCUCACUGUGCCAGGGUAACCGAGAUGAAAGCCAGAAUGUGGAUAUCACUUUGGCCAAACAGGAUGCUCAGGCACUGUAUGUUGCUGGAGAAAACAAGGUGGGGACAGAUGAGUCUAAGUUUAAUGCUAUCCUUUGUACAAGAAACAAAGCCCAUCUAAGAGCAGUUUUUCAUGAGUAUCAGCAAAUGUGUGGCCGAGACAUUGAAAAGAGCAUUUGCCGUGAGAUGUCUGGAAACCUGGAAAGAGGGAUGGUGGCAAUAGUGAAGUGUGUUAAAAACACUCCUGCUUUCUUUGCCGAAAGACUCAACAAAUCCAUGAAGGGAAUGGGGACAGAUGAUAAAACUCUGAUCCGAAUCAUGGUGUCCCGCUCUGAGGUUGACAUGCUGGAUAUCCGACAAGAAUACAAAAGGAUGUACGGCAAAUCCUUGUACACAGACAUCUCAGGUGAUACCUCGGGGGAUUAUAAGAAGAUCCUGCUCAAGCUGUGUGGUGGAAAUGAUUAAGAGAUUCAUGAAUAUAAUUAAUUUUUUCAGCUCUACCUGCUGCAAAGAGUUUUGUUUCUUUGUGUACCUGUAUUUCUUUUUAUAGUUGCAUGUUUUUUUAUGACACUCGUUUCCAAUCAAUCUGUCUCUCCUCUCUCUCUCAUUUUGCUGAGCACUGUGUUUGGAAAAGGAAUGGCUUUUGAAUAGGUAUAUACAUCAUGAAGAGCUAUCGGCAAGUUAUUAAACCAUAUCAUAUAUUUUAGUAUGUAUGUAACACGUAAGUUUUGUUGGGCAAGGAAAAAAAGCAGAUGUCAUUUGUUAUUGCUGUAGUGUGUGCUAACUAUUUCUGAGAAUUGCCAAAUAGCCACCAAAUAUCUAUCAAUUAUAAUUGUAAUGUAUGUAGAAUUGAAUGUAAUUGUAAGCAGAUGCCUUCCAAUAAAAUAUGUUUAUUAAAUUUUA